AGGAUUUUUCAAAGACCCAAACUCAUGUCUUAUUGUAUGUUUUCACUCUGAAGGGUUUUUGAGGAACCUGAUGCUAAUGAUUCUGAUCCUACGGAAGAGGAGGAUGCUAAGGAUGAACUAGUAUCACUUAUAACUCCUCUGGAGGAAAACAAACCACAGAUAAAAGAAUUUUCAGUUACUGAAGCUGUCAAGCUAGAGAGACAAGAUGUUUUAAAACAUGAAGAAAAGAGACUUGGAACUUGUCAAGAAAGCAUUCUAGAAUCAGCUGAAAGUACUGAAUCCUACUCGAUCCUAAGGCUCCCCACCAAACCAGACCCUAGCGACCCUGAGACCACAGCAGGAAAGAAACGGUGUGGUUUUCAAACAAAGGACAAGGAUAAGUUGGAGAAGCAUCCCUUGGCACAGAGAGCAUCCCAGUGUCAAGUCAAACAGAGGAGCUCCCCACCUUUACAACUCCAGGAGCAAGACCAGGAGCCAGAGGCGAGCAUGGCUUCUGAUGGAGAAGAUGGAUAUUCAAGAUCUGCCAAGGGGCAAGUGCUCAGGGGAGUGUUAAUGGAAGGAGACAGACUGGAAGGUGAAGAUACUGUACAACUUGCUGUACACAAGCUAAGCCAGAAGGUCGGUGAGAUCUGCGAAGCUGUCAAAAUUACUGUUCACCAUGAGGAAGCACGACCACGGGAUGACUCUACAGGAACAACACCCCUGAAGUCGGCCACCCCUAAACUGGCCUGGGAUAUGCUUGGCUGUGAGGGUAGAGACGCCACUGCUGCACUGGCCGCUGUAACACUGCAGACCUACCCCAGACAGAAGGAAGGUGGCCUUAGAAACAUCUUUCCAUCUCCCUCUUUCUCUCAGGUUCUGGAACACAGUGGCCAAUCAGUUACUAAAUCUCCCUUAAUGAAAAAUAAAUUAGACUAUGAAAGUAACAAGUCCGAAAUAGAAGAAUUCCUUCAUAAAAGCAAGGAGAAAUCUUCUGAAACUACAGAAAGUGGAAAGAGAAGAGGUAAAUGCCCAGAAGUAUGUAUGGGCGAAAAGCAAAAGGGCUGUGAAUUCAAGAGCCAGUUGCAAAAAACUCUGAUACCAAAACGCAUGGCCUGGCAAUUAGAUAGCAGACACAUGCGGAAAUCCAGUGACUCCAAAAGGCUUUCAGACUCCACAGAAAGGAAUCACACGAGCGAAUUAAAAAGUUGGAGUGAUUCUACCCUUUGCGACACUUAUAAGAAAAGUAAAGGCACACCCGACCUGACCCAGAAGCCUCUGCACAGCAACUGCGAGGCCCCAGCCCGAACGGUGGGAACCGCCAGUGCAGCGCCUCCUGGUGGCAGGACAGCAAGCGCUUUGGCGGGUGAAGAUCCUCAGGACAGGCUGUCCGACAGUGAGUUCCAAACAUUAGAGGAAGAAAUCUUGGCCUGGGAGAAGGUACACCUUGAAAACGAGAGUGUCUCUGAGAAUCUGCCAAACAAGUGUGAGGGGAUCUCUGAUGCCACGGGUACCAGGGGGAACUGUCUAGAAAACGGGCACACAGGAGCAGAAUCGGACUCUGAGGCGACCACCCAGUCAGAACCAAAGGGUCUUGACGGCAGUGAAAAUACCCAGCUGCAACAUAAAGUCCUCUCACAGACAUGCCCCCAAACACAAAACCCACGUGCAGCUCCAGCCAGGCCAACCCACCCUCAGCAUCAGCAGGAAAGCACACAAAGCCAUCCUCCCGCUUUGCACCGGGAGAAAAUGUCUGAAGGGCCCCAAAUAAACAAGAAAUCUGAUGGAGAGUUUGCGCCUGUCCAUCCGGAAGUUCCUGCUGUGAAAGAGCAUGAGAAAGCGUCCAUCACUCGAGACCUAACGGGGAAUAAGGGAGAGCCAGACAAGCGCAGUCGUGAGUUACAGCACACAGCUGGGGAUGCGUUUGAAAACGUCUGUCCUGACGAAGAACCACUUCCCGGUAGCCAUACGGGAAGAACUCAGUUCCAGGUUGAAGAAAUGAGCAAGAAGUGGCCGAGUCUGGAAUUGGAAGUCUCCGAGACUCUGUGUCUUGUGGUCCCUGACUGUAGUGACAGUGGGUUGACUGUCAGAAGGAAAGAUGGAAGGACCCAGAAGCUGCUUCCUACUGAAGAGAAAGAUGAGCUUGCUAAGAGUGUUUCUGGCUCAUGUACGAAAGAAAUAAAGAAAAUUGGAAGGGAAACAUGGACCCCCAGACAACCCGUGAUCACAGCAGCAUUUGAGAAGUCCCUUCCAGAAGCUGCUGGCCUGCUGCUGGCAAAGGAAGGCCACCAUCUGAGUGAAGUAGGUCGGGAUGAAGGAAGGCUGACAAAGAGACUAGCUAAAGAAAAGCACAAGAUGGAAACCCAAGUAAGUCAAGUAAAUGAAAUGAAAGAAGCCAACAGCCUAAGUCAGCCUUCUGCAAUGGCCUCGGGAAAUGACUCUAUCAGCCUGCUGAAACUCUGGGAUGUGAUUCAUUCGUAUGAAAGACUGAUGGAGCUUAAGAACAGUCACUGCAAACUGCUUACAAGACAACUUGAGAGCAUGGAAAACAGGGCUAGCGGAGUGCAGAGAGAACAGUCAGAAGUAAAAUCCUGGGUACAGCAUAGAGGAGGAGACUGGGAAGACAUCUGCUCUUUGAGGUUUCCCUUAAAACAUGGUGAGAAGCAAGAACAUGCUGAGUCUGUGUUUCAACAAAAGAAGAUGCAGUUGAGCAGAAAAGAGGAGCAAUACUGUGAAAAUGUGGAACAGACACAACACCCGGAAAUUGGAAAAAUGAUUGCAGAUGCAAAGGCCAUAGAAAAUGAUUUGAGACAGUUGCAGGGACUACAGGACCAGCUCUCAGAGACAGCACAGAGUUCUGGGAAGACGCAAGCCAGCUUACAAAGGCUUGAAAUUCGACUUUCCAAGUUAAAAAUUACACUGAGGGAGCAAUCAGCAAAACUUGCACAGAUUCAGAAUCAACUGCUGCACGAAGGUUCGCUUGGAGAUGAAACAAAGAAACUCGUUCAGCAAACACAAUCUCUAGAAUGUGCUCUGGAAAAACAGAUGGAUAAAAAUGAGGAAUUGGUGGUGGAGCUAACUGGAUUUAAGAAACUCUUUGAGGAGACACAAAAGAAGCUAAAUAAGCAUGAAGACAGAGAACUUAGGAGUCCUGGAGAUUUAAAAACCAGCCAAUUUGAUAUGCAUAUCCCAAUUAGUACACUAAGGCAUGAGCUCUCCAAGCUGAGAGAAACUUGGGAAACUACAUCUUACAAGUGUCUACACACGGUUGUAAAGCUUCAGUUCAUGGAGCAGGAGCUAGCAGCGAUGAAAUCGGAACAAAAGAAGUGUGGACGCCUCCUCGAGAACCACAAGAACUUAGAAGAAGAAGUUCUUCACUGCAGAGGCUGGAUGCGGGGACACGCGAUCCAAGCAAGACAUCAAAACAACACUAAGGAUUUAAGAGAUGCGGAUGAAGUGGUCACAAUAGGUGAGAUGGAACUCAGAAUUAAGACCCUGGAAUCUCAGCUGGCCACUAGGGGAGCUCAGCACAGUCUCCAGGAAGAAGUGCUACCCUCUGAGCAGGACUGUGUGGGAGAGCGUGGUGUGACACAGCCCCUGAGAAGAAAGCUGGGUGAGCAGGCCAGCCGGAGUCCCCGGAAAUAGCGGAGCUUGUUGGUUUGUCUCUGGCACAGGUGGACAGGUGCCGGGGACCAGACCUCACAACAGACUUGGAGUUAGAGAAUGAAUGUGCCCUGGACUGCAUUCAGGCCUGUGUACUUGUUUCUCCCCCUUUCAGUCUGGGUUUCUGUGGCCUUUUGCCCCCAAUGCUCUCUUGUAGCUAACAUGGUUCAUUAGUCUUUUAGAUUAA